CGAAGGCGCUGAAGAACGACGACACGAUAUAUCGAGAUACCCGAUUUUCCGCGAAUCGAUACGAAACGGCACUGAUCGAUCACAACGCGCGGAAUGGAAUAUCUAUUCCUCGCAACUCGCAAUUGCACUUUCCGCACUCCUCUAUCUUUCUCUUCCUCUCGCCGACGCGCGAUCGCACCGUCUCUCGCGCUCUCAAGUGCGGAAGGUGUAAGUCAGCGCGGCUGCAGGGCUGCAGGCUGCAGGGGUGUAGGGAACAGACGUUAAGGAUCCCAAAUCCCAACCUCAAUGGAGCUCGAGAGUGCUCGGCGAAGGAUGUUCGGCUCGUCUCCCGACUGCCUCUGAACGUUCAGCGAGAGUCGCCUGGUGGUGUUCCGCGCUCGCGGCGGGCUCGGCGAGCGACCCCCCUCCGCCGAGGGGGAGAGGGUUUCCUAUGCGCGCCGGCGAGAGAGGGACGAGGAGUUAUGACCGUGGGCCCGAUCGGGAGCAGCGAGCUCGCGAGGCGCACCGCCAGUCCUCAGAAACGAUGAACUGCAAUGGGGGAUCGUCCGUGGCUGGCGAGGCACGCAAGGCGGCCGCUACCGUGGACAGCAGACCGAUCGUCACCUGUGCCGGAGAUGAAAAUUUGUUUUCCACGUUGGAAAAGAAUUUACUCCAAGCUAUACCUGCGGAUGCGGUGGAAUGGCGCAGGUCGUUCAGCAGGCCGAUUAAGCAAGUCAAACUUGGGGCUACCUUCGUGCCAUUUUCCAGGGAUAUUUUGCCCACUGACAAAGAUUGGCAUCUCAUAAAGCAACCAAUCUUUCAUAUUUAUUGGACGGAAUGUUCUGAUGUUGAUACUUAUAAGACUAGUAUCAGAGAUGAUAUUGAUGCCUGGUUAAAGAUAUUGAAUUUAUAUCACAUUCAAGAUUGGAUGAUUGUAAUGGUAGAAACGUAUGAUGUAAAGAAGGCCAAUAAGCUAUUGCCCAGGACUACCGUCUUAGAUAAAAUACGAAGUGACUUUGCUGCCAAGAAUGGCGACAGAUGUUUUGCUAUAAUUAAUCCAAUUAAAUCUGAAUCUCGUUCCGCGGAAUCAUGGAGAGGCUUGAUAACUCGCAUUCGUCAUUUGAUGUUGACUGCAUAUGACAGAACUCUGUCGCGCUUUGAAGAUAUUAUACGAGAACAGAGAGAAAGGCGGAACAAUCCUAGUUGGAACUUCUGCCAUUAUUUUCUUCUACAGGAAGAACUGGCAUUUGCAUUGCAAAUGCUAGGUUUGUACGACGAGGCAUUGGUGCAGUAUGAUGAACUAGACGCUCUCUUUACACAGUUUGUGCUCAAUUCUAAUGUAGGAGAUACUCCAGGAUGGUUAAGUCUGUUUCAAACGCCUCUCAACAAUUGGGGAGGUGUGAAUUUAAAUAACGGUACAAACCAUCAUCUAAGAUUUCUUUUAGCUGAAUGUAAGGCAUCUUUAUUAGAUCUUAGGAGUUACUUGUUUAGUAGACAAUGUGCCAUGCUACUCCUGCUUAAUAAACCUUGGGAGGUUGCACAAAGGUGCUUAUCAUUUGUCCAUAACACAUUGAGCGAACUGAGAAUCUUAGAAGUACAGAAACCUGAAGGCUCUGUAGAAUGCUGGUCAUUCCUCUGUGCGUUAGAGGUUUUGCAAGCUUGUCAAUUGUCCACCAUCAAUAUUGAUAACAAUCAACAAUUGGACUUGUGCUCUUUACAUACAGCUAGCUUGUGGGCACUUGCAAGAGAUAAGUUAGGAAGCUUAGGAAAAUUGUGCGGCCUAAUGCCAGGAAGUGAACCGACUAGUGAACAGUUACACACAGUUGUGUAUCUUAUAGCAGGUAUAGGAGAUUCAGAGCCACAAGUAGAAGGAAAGUUAACUCCUACAGACAAGUUAAAAGAGGCACUAUCAUCCAAAGAAGCGUUCAAGAAACAGUAUCUGGAGCAUGCAGAAUUAGCUAUGGGCACAUACAAGCAUGUCGGCCGUAUUCGAUCAGCCAGAUUAAUCGGGAAAGAAUUGGCACGAUUCUACAGCGAACUCGGAGAAAAUCAGAAAGCGGUCGCGUUUUUAUCUGACGCUUUGAAAACUUAUAUGGACGAAGGAUGGAAUCACUUGGCUGUGCAAACGCAGUUGGAGCUAGCCGAGUGUUACAAACGAAUGGACGACGUCGAGAAAUAUACUAAAGUGUGCGCGGCAGUAGCUAGCGCAAGUCUUUUGCAUAUAACUGUACGCAAUACAUAUUUGGAAGAAAUGUUAGGAUAUAUGAAAAUGAUCUCUUCACCUCAACCAUUACUCGCGGAACUCGGAUGUGCUUUUACAAUACUCAGUAUGGAAGCUAAAGUAAUGGAUAAGAUAGUACAAGACUGUGUAGUUAACGUCGAAAUCAGUGUACAGAGUUUGUUUCCUCGGGAAGUAAGAUGUACUAGCGCUGCUAUUUCUGUAGAGGAGAUACAAAAGCCAUCCAUAUCUAAUAAGAAAAAAGGACUAAAAUCAUCUGUUGAGCCUCCAGUACAAUUGUUGUCAAAGUGCACAUUAGAAGAUAUGAAACUACUUGAUCUCAGUUUAUUACGUUUGCAAGUAUAUUCUUAUUUGGAUUACAAGGAAGAUAGGAGUCUUGGUGCUGCUAGUGUUAUUAAUAAAAAUAUGAAACCGCUCGUGAGACGUUCAGACAGUGCAAAGCAUAGAAAACCUUCAAUCAAUACAAAGGGUGAUUUUAGCAAAGCGCUCUCCUGUGAUGAAUUCGUUAUGAAACCCGGUAUAAAUACAUUUGUCUUAACAAGGCGAGUAAAUCAACCGGGUUUAUACAAAGUUAGCCAAUUAUCAUUGGUGAUAGAAGAAAAAUUAGAGUUUUUAUCGUCCAUACUGAAUCCACGAUUAUGUUACGAAGUAGCAAAGACGCAGCCAACGAUAUCUGUAAAUUGUGGCAGAGAUUUACUGGCAGGUCUUAUUCAAGAUAUUGAAUUAGUUAUUUCGAGCGGAAGUACAAAGAUAACCGAAGAAAUGAAGUUAAAAUUACGCACAUCACGCGGAUUGACAGUGCAAUCACAAAGUGUUGAAAAAGUAAUGGUGAAGGAGUUAGAGAUACCACUGCCAACGUGCGAACCAUUUCAAACCAUAAGAGUGCAGUUAAAGAUCUUAGCUGAAUUACCACCAAAGAAGGAUGCUUCAUCUAUGGAACAUAAAUUGAAUAUACAAUGUCCAUGGGGUUCGGAAGAAAGCAUAUCGUUGCAUUUUGGUCCACCAUUGAUGUCAAGUAUGAAACUUCAUACAGCAAAACAAAGAAAAUUCAUUCAAAUUGUCGUGACUGGCUUGACAAGUCAACUUCUACAAUUAACUGAACCUGAAUUAAUGACAAUUUCGUCAAUAGACGUUAACUUUAAAAGUUUAAAUCCUGUCGGGGGUCAAAAAUUAGUGAUAGGCAAUGGAAUGAACGUUUCUUUUAUGUGGGAACUUGAGAUCGGAAAAGAUGAGAAAUCCACGGUACCAAUAAAGACUGACUUUCGUGUAAAAUAUAUAUCAGUCAAUGAUACUGAAGAAUUAAGUAAUACACAUGUUGACGAUGAUCCACUACAUAUACAUAAUCUAGAGAGAAUUGAGAAAGCAUGUAGUGUUUACAGAUGCAACUUUGAUAUUACGGAUUAUGUGACUUUAUUCACAGUAUCCUCGAAAGUUGAAACAAGUGGUGGUGGAGGAGAGUUUUGUCGUGCUGGUAGUAUGUGCCACUUGUGUCUUACAGUGAUGCGUAUGCCUAGUCUUAGUCCAAAUCCUCCUCCACAGUUAAUGUAUGAGGUUCUGGCGGACCAAACCAUGUGGGCGGUGUGUGGUCGGACAGCAGGCAUUGUAUCGUUAGAAAUAGUAGAGAAACAAAGCGUCACAUUAGAUGUGAUGCCUCUGACAAGUGGUUAUUUGCCUCUCCCUGUUGUUAGAUUAUCUCGAUACAUACCCGCGACAGAAUCGAAAAAUGAUAUCGUCCGUAAUAAAAAUGAUUUAGGAUCUGGUCCUCGAUUAGAGCCAUUUAGUCCGGGACAAGUGUAUAAUGCCAGUAAAGCACAACAGGUGCAUGUUCUGCCAGCAGCUCCAUCAGAAUCGAAUUAAAGAUGUAUAAAUUGUUGUUGAAGACAUGUACAUGUUCUUUGAUUUCGUGUAACAGGUCAUGAACAUCUUUAAUUAGGGAGAACUUUAGGAAAUAAUCGUAAGUUGUUUUUUUGUAUCAAAAUGAACAAUUAUGUAAAUAUUGCAUUUUAAAUUCAUAUAACAGAUAAGGAUUUAUGUUAUAUCAUAUAAAUUAAUAUUUUGAAAUAAGCAAAUCGGCAUUGGAUAUAAUAGUUUAAUAUUUAUUUUUAUUUCUAUAAGAUUUACAAUUUACUUCAAUUCUCUAUUACCAAAGCCAUUCAUCUUUCGAAAAAUUUGAAUUUUUUGAUUAAUAAUUAUGUUAAUGAUGCCAUAAAAAAUCUUUAUUUAAAAAUUACGAAUUCUAAAGCUUCUAGCUUCUACUAAAUAUAUAUUUUGUAUUGAAACAUUGUAUUUAAUGUACAUAAUUAUUACGUUUUAUAGUUCAAUUCAAACUACAUUUCAUCAGAAAGUAAUCGUGUUAUUGCAAUAAUAUGAAAUAGCUACGUUAUAUUGAAAAUAAUACUAAAAAUAUUCUAUUUCUCCACGAUUCUUAAUAAUUCAGUUAUGAUAAAUGUAAAGGAAGUAUGCUACCUGUGUCCUAAAUUAUAUACUUAUAUACUUUUGUCAUUUUACAUUAUGCAUACGAUAAUGUUUUCUUUCAUUUUUUUCUUUCCUUUUCUCUUCCACCACAUUCAUUUACAAUUUAUUACUCUAUAUGAAUCCUGUUUGCUCUGUUGUCUCUUUUUUCGUUAAAAAAAAUAUUUUAUGCCACCUUAAUAUCUUAAGAAGGAUGGUAAUAUAAGAAUUUUUUAAAUAUAAAAUAUAUGUAAAAUUUGUACAAAUAUUUGUUAGCGAUAUAUACUCAUAAGCUUGUGAAUAAAUGUUACAUAUUUUUACUGAUUGUUAAAUUGUAACAUAAAAUAAUCCUUAUGGAAAUUUUGAUACGUAAACUAGAAAUUUACUUAAUGCUAUGUAAAAGUAUAUAUUGCGUUCGUUUAUUAAUAUUUAUAUUUCAACAGAAAAAUAUAUAUAUCUACUGAGGAAGAACAAUACAUCACAUUUGUUAGCGUUUAUUCGUCAGAAUUGGAUAUUAUCAGAUAAAUUUUUCUUGUGUUGCCAUGUUUUUUUAGAAUAUAUUAUGAUUUUCUAUUUGUAAAUGUAAGACAACCAUAAAAUACUCUUGAUUCAUAUCGGUAUAUUUAUUAAGUUGCAAAUAUCUUUAAACUGGUUUAUGCAAAAUUAUGUUUAUUAUUCCAAUGUUUUUGUAGAAAGUAUUUCUACAAAGUAAC